AUGCCGACGAAAAUCUCCGCAGACAGGGAACCCAAUGGCAAUGGGAAGGAUAGGAAUGGUAGAGCAAACGGCAGCGUGGAGGCUUCUGCUCAACGCCGCCGGGUCAAGCUACCAGCUUGGCUGGACCACUUCAACAAACACGACCUGAAAAUAUUACUUCGCUGCUGGGUAGCUAUUUGGGUGGCAUCCCUGUUAAUGUUUAUCGGCCCGGCCUUGCGCAGCAUUGGAAUCGCUACAUUCUUUGGCGCACUGUUGCUAUACAUCGUGCCCCCCAGCAGCAUAUUGAUCAUCUACCUCUUAGCAGCUUUAUCUCUCUUAUUUGGUAUGUGUCUUGCCUGGGCAUGGGGACUCAUUACCAUGAAAGCCGCCUUAGCCGCCCGCCCAGCUUCACAAACUAUGGCCCGACUGCUUCAACUACAGGAAGAGGCCGUCUCACAAGCCAAGCAAACUGGGCAAAAUCCUCUCACAAUUGCGGAAGAACUCAUCCACAAUGGUUUCAUGUUUGAUGCUCGAGUCACUGUUGUUUUCUAUGUGUUGAGCUGCGUCUUCGUGUACGUGAUGGCACGACUGCGGGUGGUCAACCAGAAGUUCGUCCUCGCGGAAAUAUUCGGCAUCAUUAUCAUGGACUUAUUCUUGCUCUUCGGUCCAACCCUCCCAUCAUGGAACUGGGAAGUCGCCAAAGUUCUUGUUGAGCCUGGUGCUAUAGGAAUCGCUCUCGGGUUCGCGUGCAAUUUACUGCUAUUUCCGCAGUCAACAUCAUACGCGAUUCUGUCUCAAAUGGAGAAAAUAGUUCUCAUGGGACAAUUCCCAUUUCAAUGCACGCGGGAUGGAUUAGCUGAAAAGCCGAUAGAUCUCACCCAGAUGAAAAGCUCCAAAGCGAAACUCAUUGAGUCAUUCAAGGCUAUGAAACCAAUGAUGGCUUUUCUUCCAUUGGACAUUUCCCGUGGUCGAUGGGGUGUUGAAGAUAUCCGGAGUCUUCUUGACCCUGUGCGGCAGAUGAUGCUUGCUCAGAUCGCUCUUCUCGACUUUCAUAUCGCUCGUCAACGAGCUCAUGACAAGAUCAGCAUGACGAAAUCGGGUCCAGGGGAUGAAACAGAUGAUGCAGGUACAGAAUCAAAAAGUUACGCUUCUGGAGUUGGAAACCGACAGCCGCGAGAUGGACUCGAUAUGAUGCAUGCCCUACAAGCCCCGGAGAUGGGAGAAAUCCGAUCCAAUACCACUCAGGCCCUCAACAAGUCCAGCGCGGAUUUGUUACAGGUAUCCUCGGAAGCUAUUAACUUGGUCGCUGAAUGUAUCCGUUUAGUCAACACUCGUCGAUGGUUCCGUCGACACCCGGCCGAGGAAUUUGACCAGGCGGCUUCUCGUGGAGAGGAGAUUCUUGGUCGAUUGCGUUCUGAGAAGAAGAUCUGCGCUAGUGAGUCUACAGAGGGGCUGAUAGAGAGCCACAAGGAUCUCUUCGAUGAAAACGGCAAUCUCAAAUCUGAGGAGCUUCAGGGUCCAUAUGACCUUCGUGCCCUAGUCCUGGGCAUGGUAGCCGAAGAAAGAAUCCUUGGAGCAGCCACGGCCACAGAAAACCUUCUAGCUCGGAUCCUGGAAUUGUUCAACGGACACCAGAGCCCUCCUCUGUCAGGCUUACCUAUGGGCACGGGCGAUGAUCCCAAGACACUGGAUGACCAGGUCAAAGAAGCACACCAUCAGCUUCGCGCAGCUGGCAUUGGCUCACCGAUACAGGAGCGACUGCAGGAUUUUUUUUACCGCGAAAAAGGCAUCUGGGGCACAAUCACAGCGCAAAUAGCUGUGGUCAUCUACAUGGCGGACUUUACUUUCUCAGUUGUAAGUCGAACAGCUGGUACCAUACUUGGUGGCGUGAUGGGUAUGGUGGCAUGGUACAUUGGGUCGGGCAGUGGUACUGGUAACGCGUACGGAUUAUCUGCCAUUACCGCAGCGAUGACAUUGAUUCUGGUGUGGUGGCGACUGUUCCUCCCACCGGCACUACUGCCAUGCGCUGUCAUGAGUGGCGCGACUUACGUGCUGGUGAUUGGGUUUAGUUACGACGACACACAUAUUCAACAAUAUGGACUGCCGGGGUACGGCUACGCAGCAUUUUACAAACGAUUAGUGACUGUUUUACUCGGAUUAGUCGCUGCAUUUGUUGUUCAGAUCUUUCCCAAACCUCCCUCAGCCAGUCGACACGUCCGCAAGACGCUGUUCAACACUAUUCGCAACUUAUCAGACCACUAUGCCCUGCUGCUUUCCCAUUGGGGCCGAGCAGAUGACCCGAGCCCUGUCAGCAUCGUGGCGGAGAAGAUAUCUCUUGAUUUGGCUGAGACACUGCUCGCCUUGCAAGGGUCGAUUAACCUGUUGAAAUUCGAAAUCACUCUCGGCCCGUUCGACCAGGGGACAUUUCUUCAAAUACAAGAGCUCUGUCAAGAUAUGAACCAAUGCCUGGGCCGGCUGCUUGCUCUGACGGGAUCGCUCCCUGUAGAACUACAGCACCGUCUUACCCAAAAUGUCGGCAUUAUGGACGACACCAUCAUUGACUCCGUCAUGGCCGUUCUUGGAGUGAUCAAUCAGUCGUUGAAGACGGGAGAUCCUCUACCAGAACGUUUACCCGCCCCUCUACUGACUCGAUGUUACGUAGCCUGGCAUGCUGAGCACCGUAAGGCAGAGUUUAGUACGGCCUUGGUGCGCAAUGAAGACUAUCGUCGCUACUGCGUAGCAGUCAGCUCCUACCUGAAAUUCUUGUCCACUGUUGAUGACAUACUGCUUGUGCUAAAGGGGGUUCUUGGAGAAAGCCCUAUUGUGAAUUCAUGGCGAGAGGAGAGGUCGCCUGUAUGA